UUUUCCCUUGGCUGCUUUUCUGACUCUGGCAGGCUUGGAGGUGUGUACAAUGGGGAAUGAGAACUAGGAGUCCUCCUCACACAGGGCUGCUCUGCAUCAGCGCAGUAGGUAGUUUCCUGGUAGAGAUGAGGAGGCGCAGACUGUUUAUUUUCUGGGCUUGUUCCUAAACCAAGGCGGAUGGUUGGCUUGCAGUUUGUCUUUCUUUUUUCCUGUACUGAGGAAAGUCUCAGGUUCUUUGUCUGAAAGCUUUAACAUGGUUUGACUGAGGGAUGUUACUAUUCACUGAAAUGAUAUUGAAAACACAAGAUUCACCAUCAGGCACAGUCACGCGUUCGCUGGUAGUCUGAACUUGGGAUCAAAAUGAGACGGCUGUACUUGGUAGAGCCCGUUGUAGCGAUGUAUGCCUUCGCCAUGUUCAUGACCUACCCACUACUGCAACAGUACAUCUACAGGCGGCUGUGGGAGCAGCUCACUGACUCCCCCUACACCAGCAGUCUGAACUUCUCUCACUGUGAAGACAACAAUAGCAACCUGAGCCGACAGCAUGAGGCGGUGCAGAAGGAGGCAUCGCUGUUCUUCCUGUACAGCGAGCUCUGUUUCCUGUUCCCCAGUCUGGUCAUGUCCUUGCUGCUGGUCUCCCUCAGCGACCACUGCGGCCGUAAGGUGGCCAUCAUCACCCCGCUGGUGGGGGACUUCCUCUUCUCCCUCUCCUACUUCCUGGUCAGCCGCUACUCGCUGAGCCUGAAGCUGGUCCUGGCGGCGUCCUUCCUGGCGGGGACGAUGGGGGGGCCCACGGCGCUGAUCGGAGGCUCCUUCGCGUACGUGGCGGACCUCUGCGGCAGCGGGCGGAAGACGGUGCGCAUGGCGGGGCUGGACAUGCUGCUGGGCGUCCUCUCCGGGCUGGCCUCCCUGUCCACGGGCUUCUUCAUCCGCACGGCCGGGUUCAGCUGGCCCUUCUUCACCGCCGCCCUCCUGCACCUCCUCAACCUGGCCUACGCCUCCUGCCUCCUGGCCGAGACGGUGGAGGCGCCGGCGAGCCCGGCGGCCGAGGAGGACGGGGGCUGGCGGUCCAAGCGGGAGGCCCUGAGGGCGCGCUUCCAGGGCGUGUACCUCCUCUUCGCGGCCUCCACGCGCAGGAGGAACACCCUGCUGCUGCUGACCCUGCUGGCCUUCGCCUUCUACAAGGUGGCCAAGAUGGGCGGCAUGUCCAUCUUCAUCCUGUACGAGCUCAACACCCCGCUGUGCUGGACCGAGGUCCUGGUGGGCUACGGCUCCGGCCUGUCUGCCGCCAUGUACGUGGGCAGCUUCGUGGGGGUCUACGUCCUGUCGCGCUGCCUGCGCGACGCGCACAUCGCCCUCCUGGGGCUGCUCUCCGUCGCCAUCGGGAUGGGCAUGGCCGCCUUCACCAAGACCACCCUGAUGAUGUUCCUGGUGCGGGUGCCCCUGCUCUUCUCCAUCAUGCCUGCACCUGUGCUGCGAUCUAUGAUGUCCAAGAUAGUCCUGAACUCUGAGCAAGGUGCCUUAUUCGCUUGUGUGGCUUUUGUGGAGAUGCUGAGUGUGGGCGUGGCCUUCACGGUGUUCACCAGCACCUACGCCUCCAGCGUCUCCUGGUUCCCUGGCUUCAGCUUCCUGCUGGCCUCCGGCCUGACGCUCAUCCCCAUGGCUCUGACUGGCUCGGUUCUGUGCCUGCGUUUGGACGUGGACGGCGAAACUAAGGCCCUGACCGGAGAGGACGAGGCUGAAGCUCCCGGAGAAACACUGCAAAUGCCCAGCUGGGAUGUGAGCUAGGGUGGCAACCCCCCUCACUGUCCAUCCUUGGUCUGCUUUAAGGCCCAGAAACACAGCUUGGAGACAUGCCUUCACCUAGGGCAGUCAGCGAAAGAACUGGGGAGUCUGGGAAUGGACUGAAAUCCCGGAUGACGUAACAUCCGCAGUGCCUUAUUUCAGUACACUGGAAUGAUCUGUAUGGUUAAACUAUUGUAUAAAUGCUAAAUUUAUAAAGGAGUAAAUUGA